AUGGCUUUUCAAGUUAGUCCGCCUUGGAAACCCUUUUACCUGGAGGUUUGAAAAUGAAGAUGAACUAUCUUCAAGUGUUAAUCAAGAUUAUUUUUAUAUCCUUGUUUUCCAUUGCUUCCUGUGUUGCCUUGUAAGUAUCGUUAAAAAUUCAGUUUUAACAACUCUCUAACUAUAACAUAAGAACUUGUUUUUAAUAUUGCGCGUUUUAUGCACGGAACAGUUGAUCUUUGCAGACAAAGAAAGAAGACGAGAUCUUCAUAAGCUCGAAGCCUCCACAUAUUUUAAGAUAAAUCGAUCCAGACCUUUUCACUAUGUGAUAUCUGAUGGAAUUAUAUCAAUUUAAGUCCAAACCUUUCGCGUGUUUAACAGCUGCAGCUUUAAACUGAAUUCAUCAAUGGACCGUACUACGAUUACAGUAAUAUUUCUUUUGGGUGCACUGCUCCACAGCCCAAAAACGUCUUUUUUGGAUAAAAAUUGUCAAGAUACUGGGCAAAAUCACUUACUAAAAUAGUUAUAACAUUCUAACCUAUGUAUAUACCUUUUUUAAGCCCAAACAGCUACGGUACGUAAAUCAAAAACAGGGAAUGCUUGAUAUAGAUUAUGUAUGUGACGGCGGCGGCAUUCCCAGGUGCCUAAUACACAGACCACCGAUUUUAAGCUGAGCAUUCCUCUCCGUACGAACUGUUUUUUGAAUAAUGAUCAAAAGUCAACGAGUCUCGAUGAAUGUCGGCUUUUGCGACGGUUGUUGAAUGGUUGUAUAGAAAGAAUAGCGUAGAUAGUUUAUUUCAAUUUUCUGUUUCCUGACGAAAAAAACUGUUCUGAUCAACCGUUUUAAACAGUAGCAGACUGGUAUUAAUAUUCAUGGACUGCUUUUCGUUAAGAACCUUUGUCUUGGGCACUAAAGUGCUGAAGCGUUGCCCAACUUUACACAACGUCAACCACGGUGUUUUGCAGUUAAAUGUUUUUUCCACUAGAAGUUUCUUAAUCAUAUGGCUUUUCCUCCUCAGACAAAGAAGUGACAAUAAGACAUUUAUUGAAGAAAAAGAAUGGGGUGGUGAUAUGGAAAAAAGAGAUAAUGGAACGGCAUCUUUAGAAGAUAAAGAGCACCUAGAUAAUAGGACGGACAGUAGCGAUAAUGCAACAUCUAUUCACGACAAAGAAUGCCUAGGAGAUGCACAAAACUGCAGCAAUACUACAGCUCCUGUGAAAGAGCGCAUCAGCAAUGCAACAAAAGACAGAGAAUGGAUUCAGAAUUCUACCAACAUCUUUAGAAAGAUGAUGGAAAACUACGAUCCCUCUAUUGCUCCCUACGUGCCAGGUUUGUGACAUUUCAUUCAACCCUCAUCUACUUGUAGCAUCACUUUUCAGACUUUUAACAUUUAUAAAGUAUUGUAGUCAAAGUAGAUGUGGCUUAAAUAUAUUUAGCAGGAUAUAUAUAACAGGAUGCUUUGUAACAUGUUCGGAGUUCCCAAGUCUUUGAAGCAUCGGUAUCUUGGAAAAUCAAUUCUGUCGUGGUUUCGAUUCGAAGCAUUGUUGUGGUAUAGAGGGGCUGAUGGCAAUAUCAUAUCAUCGCUGGCUGCAUGAUGAUUAAUGAGCCCCUUACUUAAUUGAAAUUGGAUUUAGACUAAAACAGAGUUCCAGCUGACAUAUUAGGGCCAUUUAUACGAGGAAAAAUAAGACGCGUCUUAAAUAAGACGCGAACUGUACCAUUUAUACGAGAUUAAUAAGACGCGGCUUAGCUAAGACGUCUUAGCUAAGACGAGAAAAACUUCGUAUAAAUGACCUUCGCGUCUUAAAUAAGACGCGAACGCAUAGUACGCAUGCGUUAAUUUUUGGCGCGCCACGUUGGAUUGCCGUUGCUACAAGCAACAUUCACAUGAAAACGAGUCAAGAACAGAAAUAAGACGCGAACCAUUUAUCCCAGCUGUUCUCGUCUUAGAUAAGACGUGCCGUUUAUACGGAAAGUUCGCGUCUUAUUUUUCCUCGUAUAAAUGGCCCUAUUGUGUUGGUAAUCGUAUAGGAAUUUGUCUUAAAACUUGAUUAAUUGCUGUGUAAAAAAAUUUCACCAAAAGUGAAUGUGCCUAAAAUUAUCAAAUAUAAUCUAGUCCAAAAAAACGUUAAGUCUGUAAAAAAGAUCAGGUUUCCUGAAUUGAUAUAACUACUUGUUUUUCAUCAAAGACCUUUAAUGGUCACAUGCCCAGGGGGGAUUGAAGUGUAACCCUGCUGGGAGAUCAGCUGUUCCAUCUUGGCUUCAUGAUGGUCUCCUCUGUUUUAUUUCUGUAUCCUCUGCUAUUUUAUAUGUGAUCCUCUAUUACAAAACUACGAGUUUAUACGGGUUCAGUGACGCAAUGUGUUGCAAUGUACGUGUCUAGCAGUGUUCGUGGAAGCCUGAAGGUGCGCAAGCAUUAUGGGAGUUUUUGGGAAGAGGGUGGGGGGUGGGCAAAGACUAGGAAUUGCAUGGCAAUGUUUUCGCUUUAACCGUGUAUAACUCCUAGGAAUUUGUUUAUAAAUAAGUUAUAGAAUUCUCUUUUCAAUAGGGAAUGUUUUGAAAGACCUUUCGUUUUAUAUAAGAAGCAACUGGGGCUUAGAGUCUAUCUCUGCGUUGUAUGUGUUUUUCCAUGGUGGCUUGAAAUCAGUGAAUGGGUAGUAUAACUAAACAUCAGAAUAAAUUGUAACUCUCUUUUACUUUCGUGUUUGCAGAAUAUAAUGUAUAGCAUUGUGGUCUCCCAGAUCUUGCCUUUCGCUUUCCCUAAACAAUCCCACAAGUGCUUGCAUGUGUACUUUUCGAUACUAUCGACCCAGGCCUUCAUAAAGCAAGCUUAGUUUGUGUGGCCAGUUUGUUGAGUUUUCCCCUGUGCAUAGAGUUUUCCAAGGCAGACGAGGGCCUUAGUUGCUCGGACACUUCAAUAACUUCUUAGGCUAGAGCUGGGAUCAUUUCUGGUGUGGUACAUCACUUAAAGAUUCAAAAUGGCAUGUUUAGGGAUUUUAGACUUAAAAGUCUAAAAGUUGCUCCAGUAGUCUAUAAAUAAUAUGCCACUAAGAUGUAUUUCUCAUGAUCAAUGCACAACAGACAUCGCCUCCAUCGAAAAUUGUGUAGCAGUGAAGAUUUUCUUAUUGCCCUUUCAGCAAUUAUAUGUCACUUUUCAGGAUCUCGGUACCUUUAGAUUUAAAAUUUUCUACAUUUGUUCACUUUAGUUCUCUUUAUUUAAAUGUACAUCUUUAGGUAAACCAGUUAAAGUGAAUAUUGUUUUUGAGAUUCUUGCUUUUGGAGAAGUCGACGAGGCAAACAUGGUAAGAACUGAAUGGAAACAUAUGCUAGAAAUAUAAGAUCCGUUGUAGCUGAAAAGGGUGUCGAUUAAUAGCAUUGUACGUACCCUUGCACCAAAAGCCUGGUAAGCCUGGUAAGCCUUGUAUACCCUUGUUGAACCAGUCAAGUCUAGUUAUUCCUUAACCCAUUUGGUUGGUGCUGAUCGCACACCAGAUUCUGGGAUAUUAGAAGGGGGAAAAAACAUUAAAAGAUACUAUAAAACAGGUAUUUUAAGAAAGAUGUUAAAAUUUAUUAUAGCUCCGCAGUACUGGGGAUAUAGAAAAUCUGCACAACUCUUUUUUGCAAUGCUGAGAAAAAGUUUAACUUUGUUCAGAUUUUAAUCAACCUUCAAAAAAGUAGAAAUUUGAACUGAAAACGACUGGCCUUAAGUUUUUCAUCUUCUGGGGGUAAUUGUUUCCUUCGUCCUUGCGUAAUUUAACUAAAGUUUCUUUUCACAAGUGAGAUCACUGUUAGGAGUAACAAUAUUAUAACAUCUCAUUCAUACUGAAAAUGACACUGAUAUGACUUCAACUUACUGUCCAAUGAAAGUAUCCCUGUCAAGGUCGUAUAUCAACUCCUAUCUGUUAUCGUUUUAAAGAGCUAAAACUUAAUUCUUCAUAUCAAUUUAAUUCCAAACAAGAAGGCCAGUUUUGUUAUCUAAGAUUAUAGGCAUUGAAACUGUUUCCUGUCCUUUGAUCCAACGGAUGGUAAAGAUGUAUUGAAACUUGAAAACGUGGGGUCAACUUUUUCAAGAUUUAAUGCUAAUUAUAUAGCCAAACAGUUAUCAUGGUUAGUGCUCCCAGAUGAAAUCUACAUGAUUUUUUCUUCUUUUUGUGUAUGAGUAAAGACAUUAAGUAAUGAUUUCAGCACAGAAUUAACCUAAAACAGUAAUAUUACCGUGACUAAUAGCUCCUUUAAUUGAUCGAUUCCUUCCUUGUAGGAAUACGGCUUGGACUUAGUUAUCAUCCAGUGGUGGAGGGACAUAAGGCUGGCUCAAGGCCAGGACAGAACCUUCUCAUUUAGUGGUAACGACAUAAAAAAGAUAUGGACACCAGACACUAUCUUCUUGAAUGCCAAGCAAUCUGAGAUUAAGAACGUGAGUUAUAUUCUAUGUUGACAAUUCAGAACUCUUGAAUCACAAAUAAUUACGUUAAAGAAAGUUAACCAGAGAUUUACCAGUAUUAUAUUCAGUUAUAUUCAGUUAUAUAAUUCGACCCAAUCUUAUUAUUAUGCCAAAUUUCGUAUCAAGGUAUAUCCAGUAACUGUAAAUCCUGCAUUAGUCAUCAACACUUGAUCCAAUUUUCUGGACCUUACAGUAGAGCUUACUCUAUGAGUGUUCCAGACCUUUUGGCGAAGCGUGAAAAGAAAUAAAAUUUUACAAUAACUGAGCGAAUCCUCGUGCGCUGAUUGGUCGACAGCUUUGGCCUAUGAGAGUAUAGACCAUGGAAAUGAGGUAACAUGUCACGCAAUGCCGGUUGCUUUGUUUUUGGUUUUUCGUAAAAAAAAUAAUUGUUAUUGCAGUGAAACCACUCGCCUGCGGCUCCACUUGAGUUUUGAACAUUUUAUGACGUCACUUCUAUGGUCUAUAAGAAUGUUGACCAUGGAAAAUUGUGGUCGAUUUGUUAAAUAAAUAAACACCAAACACCGGAGCUGAGUUAUUAAUAUCCAGGUUGACUACAGUGCUCUUACUUAUUCUUCUUCGAAGCAGUCAAUCAUGUAGUUUUCCAGAAAGAUGACUUACAUGUAAUAGUGACACUAGCUCAACUUUUUCUCUCAAGGUUAUGAAAGACAACCAGAUGGUAUUCGUUUUGCCUAACGGCCAUGUUACUCACAUGUCAAGGUAAGAAUUUUCUCUAAUCGCUUUCUUCGGAUUUUCCCCUGAGACAACGAGCAACAUUUAUCGCCUUUCUUAAAAAUUCUGUCGAAUUAGAGUUUGACAGCUAACCUUUCCCUCAGCUAAGAGGGCUUUCCAUAUGUCGGGAAAACCCAAGAAACGAGGAUUUUGAACAUUCUUACAAAGCGGCUCAGCGUUUACUGAGUUGAGAAGAUAUGCUAACUUAAAUUGUGACGAAGGGGACUGGAGCAGAGCAAAUUUCCUGGGUGUGAUCUGGUUAAAGACAGUCCAAAUAAAACCAAGUCGUAUUUGCUUCAUUUGUUUUCAUGAAGACAAUAUUCUGACCUAUUUUCUCAUGCCUCUAAUUUAAAUUUGCAGGUCCUUGCAAGACGACCCCAUAAUCUCUUUUCGUGUUCAAUUUCCCUUUCGUUUCUGAAUUCAACUGAUCAUUGACGUUUAUCAGUCGGCUUAGGCCUUUUCUGCUUUGUUUCUUUUUUUAGGAUUGCAUUAAAAGUUGCCUGCCAUAUGCAGCUGCAGAUGUACCCACUUGACAGACAAAAGUGUGAUUUGGUGAUAGAGAGCUGUGAGUUGUCGACUUUGAUAUUCCUAGCCGAUUUUCUGUGCAAUCCUUUUAUUAUAGUUAUGGAUCAUUAUCCUUCCUGCGGCUGAAACUGUUUUCAGAGGGCAUUUGCAGUUGUAUUUGUUCUUAUUUCUUUGUUGAUAUAGUAUCAUAGGCGGUUCGUGUAUUGUAUGUAUUGUAAAAUGCAUUGUAACAUGUAUUGUAAAACUAAGCUGUUGAUCCAUUUUAGCUGAGAACAAAAAAUUUUCAGCAAUUUCAAGCAAUAGUAAGUUACAGCUGUAACCCAAACCGUUGAAAGGUUCAAAUACAGUCUGCCGUUAACCUGUCCCGUCAGUUUGAUUCAGCUCGUAUGGUAUAUUCUUUAAGAUGCGCUGUUAAGUACCCCAAAAAAUACUAGGGCGGAACUCUGUAUAAAUACAUUUAGUAUAUACUAAAACAGUGGAUAGUGUUUUUCGAGCGCUCUGAUUGGCUACCCAAUCAGUGAAUAUCCUGCACUAUUCACUGAUUCACCUCCAGUUCCUCCGAGCGAGCAACGCCAAACUCGCGUAAGUUGCGAGCAAAAUGCCUUCCCGGUUUUCUGCCGUAAACAAACAAACAAAUUUCACAACUAAUCAAGCAAGCUGUUUCCGAAAUACACGAAGAAGGUGACGAAGUUCGGAUUGGAAGUUUUAACAGGUAAAGCUUUGUCUUUUUGACACUAAUUUAUCGAUAAAACUGGUGAAAAAGUUUUUGUUUACAAAUGCAAAUUAAGUUUAAGUCUUGCUUACUUUAUUUAGUUGAGUUGUUCAUAAAUAAGCUUCAAACUAAAUUUAAUAAUCUUUUUUUAUAGAAUGAUUUUAAAUACAGAAAGAAUUCACAACUCCUUUUGAAGAAAUUUCCCCGCAAGAGCUAAACAAAUGCCUUGAAAAGUUUUAAUUGUCGGCAAGAAUAAAGCGACGGCCGCAGCCGCCCGGUCAUUACGCGCCAAAAUUGUAAUCUUUGGCAACAGUAUUUGAGUUAAAAAUCAUCAUUUUUGUGCUCAAUGAUCUCACUGUUUUAGUAUAUACUAAAACAAUUAUUCACCUCAGUGUCGGUGGCUAGUCGUGGAUAUUUACCUCACUGCUUCGCAGUUCGGUAAAUAUCCAGGACUAGCCACCUCCACUUCGGUGAAUAAUUGUUAUAUACUAAAUACAUAUACUAUAUGUUUUGGCGUCUCGAACUGUGUGGCUCCGGUGUUAUUAGAUGUUGGGGGCUCAAUUGAGGAAAAAAGAAUAUCCAUUUUAUCAACAGAACAAAUCAGUGAACAAAAGCAAAGCUAACAAAAUGGAGCAAAUUCUCAUGGAAUCGGACAUACAUUCCUUUCAACAAACUAAAGAUGUGUCUUCCCUUUAAUUUUUUUGUGCUGUGAUCACUAGGAUUUUUAACUGACAUUUACCUCUUACUCCAAUUAAACAAUUAUUUUCGGCCUUGAUUAGUUUCACUGGCUGAUUCCAAGUUGGUUUACAAAUGGGGAAACUUCUUAGCAAGCAAGUGCGUUGUUGAAGUGUAUGAUGAUGCCAUGGCUCAGUACGAGUACAAGGGGGCAAACCUAAGUUACAAGCAUGGGAAAUUUUCCUCUGGUACGUAACUUCGUUUUUAAUAUUAUUGAGUGAUUUCUCGCGCACUGAUUGGUCAGGAGCUCUAUACAGUGAUGACGCAGAAAUGACGUAGCUGUUUGUCCCUAGCUCUCUUCAAGUAAUUUCCCAAGAAACUUCCAAUCGCCAGAAUUGGUCGCUGAAAAAUUUUAUUGCCAAGCAUUGAUUGUCACUUGGGUGCAACUCUUUAGUUUCCAAAGAUGUACCUGCAUUUGUUCAGUCAUUAAUUCAGCCAUUAAUGUCAAACAAGGGAGGAUAGUUACCUUUUCUAAUAAUCCUGUCUUGUGUUCACGGCAAGGGGGUCCCCUACGGGACUUUUUAUCCCAUCUGCCGGAAGUCUAAAGUUCACACUAAUUACUGAUUAUGUGCUUCUCAUUCUAUAUGCAGGUGGUUUCUCAAACGUGUACGCUACAUUUGUGUUUGACCGCCGUACGUCAUAUACCGUUCUUCAAGUGUUCCUCCCAAGUUAUUUGAUCGUUAUUCUGUCAUUCAUGGCCCUUUGGCUACCACAAGAUGCUGUGCCCGCCCGAGUGGCCCUUGGAAUAACAACUGUGCUUACAAUUGUUUAUUUUCUUGGUAGGUCCGACUGUAGCAUAUCUUCCAACUGUCAUCUCUGACUCGCUUAGCUCCCCGGAAACUCAAGAAGCCAGAAGAAUCACCAACAAACUUUAAAAGUUCUAUUAUUACCUUCGGGAGAAAUUCCUCUUUCAUUACAUCACGAUUUCUUAAUUCGCAACAAUUCAUAAAAAACACUUGCGUCCGUAGAUUGUAAACAUCAUGUUUAGCCAAAUUGGUACUGUGAGUAAACCUGUUUUCUCCCAGUGCUUUCUUCGCCUUUAAGAUGGGUGGUAAAACGCUGCUGGGAACGAGGUUGAGAUCUCAUUUGGGUCUUUUGAUGCACUUGUGGAUACAAUGUUGUAGUUCAUUGUUAAGCUAAGUACCAGUAAAUGUUUUUGUGCGUUAGUAACGCUGUACGCAUACUCAACUAACUUUCUGCUUUCUGGCGUUUGAAAGGGAAGGGAAGAGGAUAGGGAAGGGAAGGCAUACCGUUACAUGAAGAGCGCACCCUUCGUAUACCAAUCACCUUCUCAAGGACCUAUUGCAUUCUCGAGAACCCAUGGUAUUCUUGUGCCCUCAUUGCAUUUCCUUCCACUAAACGCAUCCGUGCGCGCCCAUUGCAUUCUUGCCUACCAACUGAAUUCUCGUGCGUCCUUUGCAUUCUCAUGUUCCCGUUGCAUUCAUGCAUGUCCAUUGUAUUCCUAUGUGCCCAUUACAUUCUUGUGCAAUCAUUGCAUUCUCGUGCGCCCAUUGCAUUCUGGCGUGCCCUUUACAUCCUUAUACGCCUAUUGCUUUUUCGUGCCCAAUGCAUUCUCGUGCACUCAUUACAUUCUCGUGCGCCCAUUGCAUUCUGGCGUGCCCUUUAUAUCCUUAUACGCCUAUUGCUUUUUCGUGCCCAAUGCAUUCUCGUGCACCCAUUACAUUCUCGUGCGCCCAUUGCAUUCUGACGUGCCCUUUACAUCCUUAUACGCCUAUUGCUUUUUCGUGCCUAAUACAUUCUCGUGGACCCAUUGCAUUCUCAUGCACCCAAUUCACUCUAGUGCACCCAUUGCAUUCAGGUGUGCCCAUCGCAUUAUAGCACCUCUAUCGUAUCCUAGUGUUCCCAUUGCAUCGCUUGUACAACAACUGCAUUCCUGUGCACCGAUUGCAUUCUCACACGCCCAUUGCAUUCUCUCGCACCCACUGCAUUCCCUUGCGCGUCCAUUUUUUCACCUUCCCAUCAAACACCUGCCACUCCCACUAUUCAUAAUGUGACUAUUUGUUUUCUACUGCAAAUAGGAAGCGUCAACAGUAGAAUGCCCCGUGUGUCUUACUUUAAGGCCAUUGAUUGCCACUUGUUCGUGUCCUUUGGUUUUGUGUUUUCCACCAUGCUGGAGUAUGUUAUUCUCCUUAAUACCAAGGGCAGGAAUACAAGAAAGCCAGAUAAUCAUGAGAAAUGCGAGGUAAACAAUCGUUAGGAUGGUUUUAAAAAUAUACUUUAGUGGGGUUUUACAUGGACAACCGGGACAAGUAAUAUCCUCCAGUUCCCUCAGGAAGUGAGUCUGUUUUAUUAUGAGUUGAAGAAAGGGUCAUAGAAAUCAAGAGACGAAUAAAAGUUAGAUGUUGCAUUUGCUAAACACCUAACCUGAGAAAACAGCCGGCGUUUCGCGGCGCCACCCACCAAUGAUUUCCCUGGGUAUGUCUUAGGAAGGAGCACAGAAAUUUUAUACUGAUGACGUAUUACUACCCACUGGAUCUGGGUAGUGCUUCUGAUCGGUGGAAGAAAAUUUUUAACCAAUCAAAAGCACAACCCAUAUGAGAGCAGUGACCGGCUUCAUGAGUAUGAAUUUCCUGCGGUCGUUCCUCAUACGUCAUUUCACGGGGAAACCGUUGGUGGGGUCCUGAAAUGUAGGCUGUUUUCUCAGGCUACUUAAACCACACCUAAUUUCAGACCAAAACGGUUGAUCUAAGAAUCUAAUCUAAAACUGACCCCCCCUGAACAACACAAAUGCGAUAGGGACACGUGUUAGGUGUUUCUGGUUAGAUGGAUGGAUCUACUAGAUCGCUAACGUGAAUAAAAGUUGAAGGAGAGAGCGACCCUCUCACGCUAGUUGACUUAUAUUUCAAUCUUAGCUUACAUAAUCUUCGUGGACCAUCAUAUUAUUUAAUGAAUUUUUUUUUGUAUUUAAGACAAUUAACAAUUAUCCACCUGAGUACCUGAGAGAACUAUUUAGGUUAAGAGACAAUAUUAAAAACUUGAGAGCCCAGUGCUCGUUGGACUUUUUAGGGGUUAACAAGCUGCAAGUACCGAAACCUAAUACGACUCGUUAUGGCAAGAGCUCAGUAAAGUACUUGACGGCUAUUACUUGGAACAAGAUUUCUGAUAUCUUAAGAUGCCUAAGCACAUUGUCAGCUAAGGUUCUAGCUAAUUCGAUAUAAUAUCUAUGUUCUAUAAAAAUUAAGUAAUAGUAGUUGGGCUUUUUAUUGUAAAUAGCUAUAUGUGACGCUAUUUUAGGCUUUUAUACUGUAAAUAAGUUUUUGGAUUUCCCUUUCUUUCUCUAUUUUUCUAUUUAUUUGUUUUGUUUUCUUUGUUUUUUUUCCUCGGCUUAAUAGCAUAUUUUUUGCUAGAGGUCUAACCAACCUCAUCAAACCCGAGAUUAAAUAAAGCUUCAUUCAUUCAUUCAAUAACCUAACGUUACGAUUUUUAACAGCUUGGCUUGUUGGACAACCAUGUAUCAGAGGAUUCGUCGCGUAACAACUGUUAUGGAACAGAUGUAGUAGUACGUUACCCAGUUAAAAACGAAGAAGAAGAUGAGGCUAAUGGCUCAAUCAUGGCAGUUCAGCGGAGAAAAAAGACGUCACGUGACAUUGUCCCAGUUCACUUAAUAGACAGACUCUCCAGGGUUCUGUUUCCCGCUUCGUAUGGAGUAUUUGUGGUAGUUUUCUGGGUGGUCUGUGCAACACAGUCACCUCAAAAAGAGCAAUUAGAUCUUUGCUGA